AUGAAAACACAGCUUGAGGGCAUUCCGAAAGCUCCUAGCCUCAGCAAUGCACCCUUGAUCAUCCAACCCUUAUACGACUAUGGAGCUAAGCAUUUUGCCCUCGCUGUCAGGAAUCACGAGGGACUAGUGCUAUAUCUCGAUAGCGCACUGGGUAUGAACGCGAUUCCUGGACCUAUGCGUGAAGUGAUGACCGCUAUCUUCGGCAAAGGUACAAAGUGCGUAUGUUUGCGCACACAACAGCAGACACCCGGAUCUGCAAACUGCGGCCUCUUCACAUUGGCGUGGGCGACAGAGUACGCCCUCCAACGAGCGACUGUCGAUCCGGAGAAGGCCACUUACGAUGAGGAAAAAAUGCGGGAUCAUGCGGUUCGUUGUCUGCAGGAGAAGAGAUUAAAGCCAUUCCCACGAAAACGCGGAAGGCCCGGCAAAAACAACCGUCUUCAGGGCCGGAUGGAUAUCGAGCU